AGAGCUGUUAUUCAGCUAAGUUUUAAUUUGCUUCCUUCAAAGCCGAGUUUCGAAAGCUGAGGAGAGGAAAUUUUACACAAACACCAAAGAACAAAGAUGGGUGACCAGACUGCUGAACAGAACCAAGUUUCCAAUGACUCGCAUCCUCAAGGCGGCUCCAAUUCCUCUUAUGAUGGCCGCCUCAAGACAACAAGAACUACUGUGUGGGCUGCCAGUGCUCACAUAAUAACGGCUCUUAUAGGGUCUGGAGUUUUGUCUUUGGCUUGGGCUACGGCUCAGCUUGGAUGGAUUUUUGGACCAAUUGUCAUGCUUUUGUUCUCUCUUGUCACUUGCUACACUUUUACUCUUUUUGCCGAUGCAGUUUUUCACUCUUCCGGGAAACUUGCCUCUGAUGAAAAAAAGUACACUAAUUACAUGGACACUUUCCUAAAGGAGCUUGAUGAGAGUAUGUUCAAGCUGAUAAGUCUAGGUGUUUAUUACAUAAGCCUUUUCGGAGUUGCCAGUGGCUGCACCACAGAAUCAUCUGCAAGCUUAAAUGCAAUCCAAUGGUCAAAGUGGUUUCACAGUGGUGGUGACAACAAUGGUCAAUACCAUAUGAAUCGCAACCUAUGUGUGAUUAUUUUUUGUGUCAUACAAAUUUUUUUCUCUCAAAUUUAUGACUUUGGAAAGUUAAGAUGGGUCUCCGUUCUGGUAACCGGCGUCACAUCCUUUACUUACUCAUUGAUUGGUCUUUGUCUUAGCGUGGCUAAAGUAGCAGCAGAAACUGGGAAUUUCCGGGGAAGUUUGACUGGUAUAAGCAUUGGCACUGUUACUGAAACCCAAAAGAUAUGGAGGACCUUCCACGCUGUUGGAGUUAUCGCGUAUGCGUAUUCUUACUUUAUCAUCUUGAUAGAAAUUCAGGACUCGAUGGAGUCUCCACCAUUAGAAGUCAAGAAGAUGAAGAACGCAUCAGUAAUAAGUGUUGGAGUAAUAACUCUAUUCUACAUGCUCUGUGGCUGCUUUGGGUAUGCUGCUUUUGGAGACUUAUCACCUGAAAACCUCCUCACUGGUUUAGGAUUUGAUAAACCAUUUUGGAUACUAGAGAUCGCCAAAGUAGCCAUAUUUAUCCACCUUGUUGGAGCAUACCAAAUUUACUGCCGGCCCCUCUUCGAAAUUGGAAAAGAUAGAUUCAACAAAGAGAUUGAAAUCUCAAUCCCGGGAUUUAGGAGCUACAAAUUAAAGUUUGGCUUGGUUUGGAGGACAACUGUCGUGACAUUAACCAGUGUGAUGUCAAUGCUCCUUCCAUUCUUUAACGACGGGGUUGGUCUCCUAGGAGCCCUGGGGUUUUGGCCAUUCACAGUCUACUUUCCAGUUGAGAUGUAUAUAAGGGAAAAGAAGAUAACGAAGUGGAAAACAGAAUGGAUUUGCCUCCAAAUCCUAAGUUUUGCUUGCUUCAUUAUAAGCAUUGCUGCUGCUACGGGCUCUAUUGCAGGAUUUGUUCUUGACCUCAAGUCUUUUAAGCCUUUCAAGUUCGGUACCAGCUGAUGGCCAUUCAUCACGGACUGUUAGGUUGAAAUAACAAACCAGGACUGUUAAAAUACUUGUGGAACUCUUAAAAUUGUUGGAAUAACAAACCAGGACUGUUAUC